UGUGACUGUGACAUGAAGUUGAUGUCAGUCGAUGUUUUCUAUUUGUCAUUUUUUACAAUACGUAAUUUUCGACGAGACUAUUGUUGGUAUCAAUUGAUGUUAUUGAAAGUGCAAGCAAAAAAUGGUCGAUCCAAUAUUUGAUUAUCAAUUUAGGCUAAUCCUUAUUGGUGAUAGCACAGUCGGAAAGAGUUCAUUACUAAAAUACUUCACAGACGGAAAAUUCGCGGAGUUGUCCGACCCAACCGUGGGUGUGGAUUUCUUCGCCAGGAUUAUUGAGGUGCAGGAUGGCACUAGAAUUAAGUUGCAGCUGUGGGACACGGCGGGACAGGAGCGAUUCAGGUCCAUCACGAAGUCCUACUAUAGGAACUCAGUUGGAGCCCUCCUCGUAUACGACGUGUGCAAUAGAUCGAGUUUCGAACACAUACCGCUAUGGAUGAUGGAGGCUAAGAGGCACAUAGAGCCUCACAGGCCAGUGUUCGCGUUAGUUGGGUGUAAAGUGGACCUUGUCGGCACAGACAACAAAAAUGGUGCGAGAAGAGAGGUAACUUGCGAGGAGGCGAGGCUGUUUGCUGAGGAGAAUGGUUUACACCAUGUAGAAACAUCAGCAAAAACUGGACUGAAUGUGGAACAAGCAUUUGUGCUGGUAGCUCAAGAAGUGUACAAUCGUAUACAAACAGGUGAAUACAAGGUGGAAGACGGCUGGGACGGUAUAAAGACUGGCUUUAACAGACCAAAUGGUAUGGAUUUCAAUUUACUUGAAGCAGAAACUGUGCAGUCCACAUGCUGUUAAACGUACACACAUAUAAAUGAUGUAUAUAAAUGACUCAUUAUAGAUAUACAAUAUGUAAGCAUAAUUUUAUAGAUAAGAUUCUGUUUAAUUUCGUCUGGUGUGCUGCAUCACAGAUUCAGGUCGACAUUGUUUUAAGUACUACAUUUGUGUGGACUUUUGUCAAGGUCUUUUGUAGUUUUACAUGUAAACAACAAGAUUUCCUCUUUUAACACUUAUUUCUUAACCGUCUCCUUUAUUUUAUUGCUUCUUACUCAUAAUGAUAAAAAUAACUGACAGGCCGCUUGCAAGUGUACAUGUUGGUAUAAUUGUUUUUAUUUUAAAUCAUGUUUUCACCUUUAUUUUGUGGAAAAUGUCAACCUGAAUUUGUAUACAGACCUUUCAGCCUAUAUUACAAUAUGGUAGUUACAAUAAUCAAUUUAUCUGAAGAAUGUCUCAUAUAAGAGUUGUAACAGAUAUGAUUUAUUCUCAAAUUUUUAUUUAAUUUGCUCAAAAUCAUCACAUAUGUCUAGUUGGAUGAGUUAAAAAAAAAUAGAAAAAUUGUUGAAAUGUUUUUCAUUUAAUAAUAAUGAUAAUAUAAUGAGGGGAAUGGGUAAAACUAACAUAGUUGACUUUUGUAUGGAAAAAAUUAAAGUAAAAAAUAUUUAAUUGGACGAUGGCAUAGGCAAUUUGAGUUCAUUUUUAUCAUUUAAUAAAAAAUAGUCUAUGCAUAUAUUUUUAAUUUACAAAUUUAUACUCAAUAAUGGAGUAAAUGUAAAUAUGUAUGUAAAUUUUAAUUCCAAUACGAGUCAUUUUCGUGUAACAUUUCAAAUGACGUUAGAACUGUUCUGUCAUGUUAGAUAUCAUUUAUUACGAAUUUGCCGUAUAUAAAACAGUAAUAUCUGUCUAUUACACUUGGCAGAGUGGUUGAGUGUCUUUUGAAGGUUAUCACACAAAACGUCGCUAUAGAAAUGUCACCGCGGUAAUCGACAUACACGGCCGUGUUUAAAGCCUUCUGAAAAAAAUAUAAAAGAAUAUUCAAUGAUAUUUGCUUUUAUGCGAAGUGCUGAGGUCGUAUCUUUUUUUCAUGUCUGAUGCAGCUACAUUUCUUAGUGGCAAACUAGUUGAGCCAAAGAGUCGAAAAUGGAACACCGGAUAUAAUUAAUUUUAUCAAAAAUGUAUAGUCGUUUUUUGUUUUUUAUUCAAUAAUUAAUUUGUACAUUUGUACUAACAUUAACAUUAUAUUUUAGUUAUAAUUGUACCUGCGACACUGUAAUCAAUAAUUUAAGGAUUUAGUUUUAAACACAAGUGUUUAAUCAAUAUGUUAUUUUGGUCACAGUUCGUUUAGUCCACGAUACAAUGGAUAAGAAUGUGUGAAACACUGUAAAAGAGUCUCGUAAAUGUGAUUACAUGUGCUCUGUAUAAUGUACCGUAACAAAUAAAAUAUAAUCAUUGAUAAUAAUGCAUUCAUAAACGUAAUUAGCUCAAUUUUGAGAAUAUAUUUCGCAAAUAAAAUCAUCAAGAGAGGCAAGUAAUAUAAUUUUUGUAUAGGUAGCCAUUACAGCUGUGUUAAAAUUUCGUGCUGAUGUUACCGUCCAUUUACAAGAAACGGGCGAUUUAAUUAUUCAUUGGGGUUGCCAUUUUAUUUUAUUAUGCAUUGGAGAUUUGUGCCUCAAAUCUACAUAAACACGUAACUAUAAAUUUAAAUUUUACCUGCUGUACACAUACAUUGGUUAAACAAUAUAGACGAUGAAAACUCGAGUGAAGCAUCUACUGUCUACCUUUGUAGAUAUCUAUCAUAUAGAUACACUAAUAAAUAUUCAAACUUAGUAGUAGUUCUUAUAGACGGAUUGUUACAAUAAUGGUAACGAUAACUCUGACUAAUAACAUAUUCCACGUUUCACAAUGCUGAUUAUAUUUUAUAUAUUUCAGUAAUUUCACAGUAAAAAAUAAUACUUAAAGUAAUAAAUUUCAAUAUUCCUAUCGCUGAACUUAAUAAUACCGGGAUAUAAUUAGAAUGUUUGCUAUGGAUUGCGUAAUUUCUUGUUUCAUAAUCAAUAGAAUCUGAGGUAUAAUAUAAAUAUAUAAUAUAGCAUUUAUUGUACGGAACUAUCUACUUAACAUAAUAAUAAAACAUGAAGCUAACAUUUAAAAAAACAUAAUGUAAAAUAUUUUCAUAUCGUAUAAAUUAGCAUAUUUCGUUCAAGAAAAUAUAAAUGGAAGUUCUUCCGAUACCCAAAAUACUUCGUCCAAAGGCUAGCAUUCGAUAAAAAAUCUUGAAAAUAGUACUUUCAAAUAUAUUUUUACAAGAAUGUAUAUUAGUUUUGCUCUUCCGAUAUGCGAUUAAAAUAUUUUACAAUAUAAAUAUGUUACAAAAUACAGUUUUAAAAUAAUGUUCGUCACCAGUGUCCCCAAACAGAGUGCAUUUGUAAUUUGUAUACUAUUAUAAGCAUUUUAACAUGUCGUAAACGCCCAAAAGUUUGUAGACACUGGCACGUACAAGGUUUGAGGCAUAAUAAUGGGAAAUUUAAUUAGUUAUAAGGCGUAAAGUUGGCAAAUAACAUAAUACAAAUGGAGACGUUUUAUCUUAAAAACAUAACUAUCCAUACGUGACGUUGCGAUAAGAAAAUGACGAUCGUGACAUACAUGACCAUCUUCCCCUUUUUUUUACGAAAAACAAAGGCAAUUGAAAUUUGAAAUACUUAUAUAUUUACACCUAGUUUUUCUUUAGAAACACAAAAUAAUGUCACGUUAAUAGAUGUAUUUCAUUGUAUAAAACGAUCAUAAACAAACAAAUAUUUCUUGUUCUUUGUCUCAUGCUUAUAGCAUCUGCAGCAGCUUUUGUGUUCGAAUCCCAAGUACAGUACUUAAAACUUUUUAAUAACAAACUCAUAAUUGUUUGUCUCGCAAAUAUCAAGAAAAUAUUUUAAUCGAAAUGCAUAUCUUUUCUUACUUUCGGGAUUACUCGCAAAAUAAAAUGUUAACCAUGUAUUUUUCAAUGAAAACUUCAAACAAAAUUAACGUCGUAAAACAUAUGGUAAACAAUGUAUUAGGAAAGGUCAUGCUAGAGUAUAUAGUUAGUUAAUAUGAGUAUAUUUUCUUCGAAAAUUCAGUACGUUGGGAUUAUCAUUGGUAAGACCAUAAGCAACCAAAAAUGUGUUGGAACUGAAAUGUUCCGGCAGACUUUACCAGACACUGUACAGAGUGCAAGCAGUUUUGAGACAACUGGAUGAGGAAGACCCAUUGGUUUCUAAUUCAAUGUAUGAAUAAAGUUGUGUGUUUUUGGACGUGGCGCCUUACCCGCUUCUGUCAUUUAUUUAUAAAAAUAUUGUUUUUCCUUCACAUGAAAGUAAAUGUUUUGUGUCGUCCAUACGUAAUAACAAUGCAAUCUAGUUAUUUGUUAACUUUACUGUUCAGUGGUGUAGCCUAUCAUUACGCUGUUAUAAUAUGCUUUAAUACAAAGUAAAGUUUUUGUUAAUUA